CCCGGGUGAAGGGAAGCCGAGGAAUGACCUGGGAGUUCCUGACCCUGUAAGCUGCCGCUGGCGUAUCCCUGGGAGAGGUCACUGCUAUAUAAGCUGCCCGCCUCGAUUGCAGGACAUCAGAAGCUGACCACCACCGCUAUCAUGAACGUUGUGCUAAUCGUGGCAGCCGUAGCCUCACUGGCCGCGGCCGACACCGACUACAGCUACAGGCCACCGCAGACCUACUCGGGCCCCGCCCCCUCCGCCAGGUCAGAGGUCAUCGAGGUAGUACCUAUUCUUCAGGACGACCGCUACCACACUGAGGACGGCAGCUACAGCGUCGACGUCAAGACAGGCAACGGUAUCGCCUUUUCGCAGUCUGGCUCUCCGACUGGGCCGAACGGCGCCGUGAUCAAGGCCGGAGAGUACUCCUACACCGCCCCUGACGGCACUGACGUCCACGUCAAGUUCGUCGCCGACGGGAACGGCUUCCAGCCCCAGUCUGACAUGCUGCCCGUGGCCCCCGCCUUCCCCCACCCCAUCCCCGACUUCGUGCUAAGGCAGAUCGCCUUCGCCGAAGAGGAGGACGCCGCCCGCGCACGCGCCGAGGCCUCACAAGUGAGAUCUGCUUCCUUGCCCGCGCCUGGUCGCUCCUACGGGGCGCCGCAAUAAAUGAGUGUUUACAACGCCAACGAACAAAGAUGGAUGUGACACCGAAAUACUAAUAACAUAUUGAGUAUAUAAUAUUUAUUCUCGGUUUGGUUUUCGCUGGGAGCGAGUGAAACACCAGAUACCGCCACACCGCUUGCCGCCACGGAAAUGUCCUCUAUUUAUGGAAUGUGUGUGUGCUGAGUGUAAGUUAUAUUGCUAAUAAAUGUUGCAUUGA